AAAUAAUGAUGCAACUGUAUAUGCCCUACAGACUUGUGAUUUGUGCGAGAAAAAAUAUCAUGACUGUUGUACUAAGGAUAUGAGUGCCCUGCAUGCCAACUCCAAUAUGUCAGGGCAUUCCUUUUGUGGAAAAAGUUGCAAAGAGCUUUUUGAGCACUUGAAGAAGUACCUUGGUACCAAGCAUGAACUUGAUGCAGGCUUUACAUGGUGUCUUGUUCGUAGAACAGACGAUGAUUCGGAGGCAGCUAGUAGGGGAGUUACCCAGUGGGUGGAAUGCAACUCCAAGCUGGCUGUUACACUGACUGUGAUGGACGAAUGCUUUUUACCUGUUGUUAAUAGAAGGAGUGGGAUCAAUUUAAUCCAUAAUAGUUUAUACAAUAGCGGGUCAAAUUUCAGUCGGUUGAAUUACACUGGCUUUUAUACUGCUAUUUUGGAGCCGGGGGAUGAAAUAAUAUCUGCAGUAUCUAUUAGGUUCCAUGGGACUAAGUUAGCAGAAAUGCCAUUCAUUGGAACUCGCCAUAUAUAUAGGCAUCAGGGAAUGUGCCGCCGGCUUUUUUUCCUGCCAUUGAACAUGCUCUCUGCUCUUUGAAGGUUGAGAAACUGGUCAUUCCUGCAAUUUUUGAACUUGUUCAUACAUGGAC